GUGAUCGUCGUUCCUGAUCUCGAUCUCUGACUCCACGCUCGUUGCCGAUCCAUCACCCACCCCGGGCACCCGAGAUCUCAGUGACACCGACGAUCUCUCUGCACCUCUGGUUCUGGAACAGCUUCUUCUUGGGAUCGAAGUGGGAUAUAGGACAGCCACAAACACGCUGCUCAGAGAAAAACAUGACGGUGCUACUCCCUCGCCGUCCCGACGGGCCGGAUGUUCUCAGCAUCCCGACGCCGCCCUUGCAACGGGCCGGCAUCUUCGUCAUCUUCUUCUUUACCGCUCUGGGAUUCAUCACGUACAGCCUCCGGGCAUACAUCCGGAUACGGACGCGGCAAUGGGGCGUGGACGACUACCUAGUGACGGGCGCCAUGAUCUUCUCGCUGAUGAUGAUCGGGCCGUUCUACAUGUACAUCAAGCUCAUGUACUUUGGCUGGCACGCGGCGGACGUGCCCCCCUUUGACCCGGAGCCGGGCAUGUGGUGGUUCUACCUGGCGCAGCUCUUCUACAACCCGAUCCUGGCGCUGGUCAAGGCGUCGGUGCUGUGCUUCCUGCUGCGGCUGGGCGGCCAGAAGCCCGGCGUCAAGUACGCCAUCUACGCGCUCAACACGUUCAACGGCCUGCAGGCGGUCGCCAUCUUCCUGGUGGCCACGCUGCAGUGCCUGCCCAUCGAGGCCAACUGGGACAUGGCCGUCAAGGCGGACCCCAACACCAAAUGCAUCGACAACUCGUUCCACGUCAUCAUCUCGUGCAUCACCAUCGUGACCGACUUCAUCGUCAUCAUCCUGCCCUUCUGGAUCUUUCUGGGGCUGAAGAUGCCAACGGGCGCCAAGGUCGCCGUGCUGGGUAUCUUCAUGCUGGGUCUUGCCGUCACGAUCAUUGGCAUCGUCCGCCUCGUAGGCGUGAUCAGGCUCUUUUACAUCCCGCAGCCCGACAAGGACCCGUACCACGACAUCACGGUGACGCUCUCCGUGGUCGAAGCCAACAUCGCCAUCGCCUCGGCCUCGGCCCCGGCCCUGCGCCCGCUCUUCCGCUCCUUAUUCCCCAAGCUCUUCGGCGGCUCCUCGCAGCGCUACGGCGCCUCCGGAAACAAGUACCACCCCUCCGGCUACGGCGCCUCCUCCCAGUCGCCCUACUUCUCCUCCCACGGCGGCGGCGGCACGGGCAAUGCCUCGCGCGUAGACCACGGCGGCGACCGCAGCGUCACGCGGCACAGCUCCAUCCGCCUCAAGAACCUGACAGGUCGCUCGCAUCAUCAUGGAGGGAAGGGCCCCGCGGGGCAUACCGAGUGCCGGAGCAUCAGCCCGAGCGGGUCCGAAGAGGAGAUCAUGACGUACAACGGCAUCAUGCGGACCACAGAUGUGCGGGUGCAGGUGCAUUUCGAGGGGCAGGAUGAGGAGGGUGGUCACGGCGGCGGGGAGGUCGGGAGGGAUGGCGAGGCGGUGGAUGCUGCGAGUAGCAGGGCCAGUAGUGACUUGAAGGCAGAGGCGACUGGUAGGCCGGUGGUUGUGGAUAGGCAUGCUUUGUGAGGGGACACGAACGAACGGACGGACGGACGGACGGACGGACGGACGGACUGACGGGUGGGGGAAUGGUGUUCUUUUUGGGUGGGUGGCUAUGGGUUUCGUCUACAGCCUUGCCUUGCCGUUAUGAAUUGCGUACACAGAGAUGUCGCGGGCGCAAGGGGAGCUUGCUGCUGUCAAAAGCACUUACUACUAGCACUUAAAGUGUUAUAGAUACCUCGGAGGAAAAUCGUUUUCUUUUGUAUGUACAUACUUCUAGUAUUUGGGGUUUGGGGUAUCAGCAAGGGGUUAAUGAUUCGCGGCUCCUACCCCAGCAGUCACAA